AACAGUGUUGCGCACUUGCUCAUGGAGCCCGCCGAGCUGGAGCACGCACUGCGCAGGACCCCUUCCUGGAGCAGCCUUGAGGGACCUGAGCAUCAAGAGAUGAGCUUCCUAGAGCAAGGAGACAGCUCUUCAUGGCCGUCACCUGCCAUGACCACCAGCUCAGAAAGAAGUCAUGGGAAACAGGGGACCAAGGUCUUGAGAUGGACAAAGCAGGAGGAUGCAGAGGAAGGGGAGCCACAAGGCCCAGGGGAAGGUCCCCAGUCCAGGCCAGCUGCUGAGUCCACCGGGCUGGAGGCCACAUUCCCCAAGGCCACACCCUUGGCCCAAGCUGCUCCUUUUGCCGGGGUGGACAGCCCCUCUACAAAGCAGGACAACCUCCCCCUUGACUGUGCAGCCUCAGGCUCCGGCUCCAGCACAGAUGAUCUGGAUCUGGGCAUAGAGUUCUCAGCCACAGCAUCCUGGGGGGAUGAGCUUGGCGUGGUGGAAGAGAGGCCGGCCCCAUGCCCAUCCCCGCAGUUGCUGUUACCCAGGCUGGGUUGGGACGAUGAGCUGCGGAAGCCAGGGGCCCAGGUCUACAUGCACUUCAUGCAGGAGCACACCUGCUACGAUGCCAUGGCAACCAGCUCCAAGCUGGUCAUCUUCGACACCAUGCUGGAGAUCAAGAAGGCCUUCUUUGCCCUGGUGGCCAAUGGCGUCCGGGCGGCACCUCUGUGGGACAGCAAGAAGCAGAGCUUUGUGGGGAUGCUGACCAUCACAGACUUCAUCUUGGUGCUGCACCGCUAUUACAGGUCCCCCUUGGUCCAGAUCUAUGAGAUUGAACAACAUAAGAUUGAGACCUGGAGAGAGAUCUACCUUCAAGGCUGCUUCAAGCCUCUAGUCUCCAUCUCUCCCAAUGACAGCCUAUUCGAUGCUGUCUACACCCUUAUCAAGAACCGGAUCCACCGCCUUCCUGUCCUGGACCCAGUCUCAGGCGCUGUGCUCCACAUCCUCACACACAAGCGGCUGCUCAAGUUCCUGCACAUCUUUGGCACCCUGCUGCCCCGGCCCUCCUUCCUCUCCCGCACCAUCCAAGAUCUGGGCAUCGGCACAUUCCGAGACUUGGCCGUGGUUCUAGAAACAGCGCCCAUCCUGAAUGCACUGGACAUCUUUGUGGACCGGCGCGUGUCUGCACUGCCUGUGGUCAAUGAAACUGGACAGGUCGUGGGCCUCUACUCCCGCUUUGAUGUGAUUCACCUGGCAGCCCAACAAACAUACAACCACCUGGACAUGAGUGUGGGUGAAGCACUGAGGCAGAGGACACUGUGUCUGGAGGGAGUCAUUUCCUGCCAGCCCCACGAAAGCUUGGGGGAAGUCAUCGACCGGAUUGCCCGGGAGCAGGUGCACCGGCUGGUGCUGGUGGAUGAGACCCAGCACCUCCUGGGCGUGGUGUCCCUCUCCGACAUCCUUCAGGCUCUGGUGCUCAGCCCUGCUGGCAUCGAUCCCUCGGGGCCUGAGACCAUCGGAGUCCUCACUCUCAGGCCCCUUUCCACACCUGGAAGCCAGUGAAGGGAGCUGGGGGACUCAGCCUUCACCUCCCCAACCCCCAUUUGCUGGUUCGGCUCUUGUCCAGGUAGGCUCUGCCCUGGGCCAUGGGCCUCAGCAUCAGCCCCUCAGUCUCUCCAGGUGCCCAGAUCUCAGACUUGGGGACACUGAGGAUGGGAGUGGCCCCACUCAGAGCUGAUCAGCCUCAUGAAAAUUACAAAUGUCAGGACUCACUGUGGGGCCAACCACUCUUAUCCUAUUCUCAGCUGAGGGUGGACAGGGGCUGGAGUGAAAUCAAGGGCAGUGAUGUGACUUCAGGGGCUCCCAGGAGAUUGAUCUGUCCUCUCACAAUUCAAUUCCUGCCUGCUUGGAAUUCCACUGGAAGGGAACAAGUUAAUAAACCGUGGUUGAAUGGAAUUUCCACACUUGGUAAGAACUAAGGUUGAAAAGAGGGAGUUUCUAUCUAAGCACUCAUCUCAGCCAAGUUGACAUGAUCUCAGACUCUUUUCUGGUAGCAUGUCGGCUAGGGGUCUGCAGAGGGUGGGGGGCGCAGAUUCCACCUGCUUAGCAGUGGCUGGCAACAUUUAGGUUCCCCUAUUGGAAAGGCAACCUCCCCUCCCCGUUUAGUCACUGUCUUCCUUUCUCUUUCCCUCACAGGCUUCUCCAGCCCUCCCCGAUUGCCCUUGCCCUGCGUGUGCUCCCAGAAGCCCUCAGGAAUGCCUGAUACACUGUGGGAUGAUGCAAUGAAAGAGAACAGCUGAGUCAAGCCUGGAGAUCUCUGAACCAGAGGCACUAGGAUUACCCCAGGGCUGACAACUCCGUGUCCACCCUCACCAUUCUCCCCCGACCUGGCCCCUGUGGGUGGGGAGCCCUCAGCCCAUGGGUUCAGGCAGGGGCUCUGGAUUCUUCGGCUCCUGGACCACCUGACACUUGUGGCCCCAGCUCCUGGGAGUCUCAGUUGUGCUUCCCGCAUGAAACCUGCCCUUGUGGUUCUUCACUUCUUUGCCACUGCCCUCCUGCUCUCCCAGCACUGCAUUUCAGGGCUGCCUGGGGGUCCCCAUGGAGCAGCAGUUUUGGAGAGCUGCCUGUUGGAGUGGGACCCCAGCCCUCCACUCUCAACCUUAGCUCUUAUCAGCGAGCACUAUUCUCAGUCCUGUAUUUGGAUCACUGAGGGUGAACAAUCGAGAAAACAAAAAGAAAAAGAACAAUCCAUGAACUUAGGUUUUAUAUAAGUUUCACUCAGAAUAUGCUAUGAUCAUUUGAUCUGAACUUGUGGCAAGAUCCCUGUGUUCUCUGAAUCCAAAGACCUGAAGGAAAAUCUGUCAUUGACAAACGCUGCAAGUGAUGUUUCUUCUUUGUGUGGAGUGUUAUUCCACCAAAAUUUUUUUCAUCUUUUAUUUAUAACAAAACUAUAAAGAAAAUAAUAGUUACAUACCAGGUACAACUCAGUCCAUAAACUCUAAUCUGCAAGAAACAUAACAAUUUUUCUCACA